UGAGAUAUUAUAUAUAAGUUAAAAUUAGUUUCAAUAAGCUCUAACACCUUAUAAAAUAAACUUGAAUAAGUUUCAAUAAAUUCAGAUAUGUUUAAGAUAAGUUGAAUAGAACGGAACGGAACCACAAUAAUACCGAACGGACCCUUAGAACAGAGAUUUGGGUUAAUUGGACCAAUUUUUUUAAUCAUGGAUGCUUUUAGUUCGGUUCUAGUUCAGAUAAUUAAUUUUGACAUUAAUGAUGGUCCAAGUUCGUUCAAGUGGAGGUUAUUAUGGGGUCCAGGCCGUCCAGCCAACUUGAAUUUGGGUCACAUUGGUUCAACCAUGGGUUGUUUCUAAGAAAACCUCAGGUCUUGGUUUGGCUAAUCGGAUUCGGUUUUUGCCGGAUCUAGCAACUAGUCUUAGGCCUUCGCUCUAUAUGGUGGCCUAUUUGGGCUUUAUACUCUCUCAAUCACUUUGAUUUAGCAACUUUACAUAUCUUAAUUAACUUUAGUUAUUUGGAGUCUGAAGCUCCCAAACUAAGCAAACUGUAUAUUUAAUGCAGUAGAGCUUGCCCAAACAUGAAAACAUAUACUUCAUUAAAGCCACUAUGCUGCCAACAAAUUGUGUACAACUAUUGGCUUUUGAUUCCUAUCACAUUUCUUCAAGAAGUUGACAUAUACCGACUUAAACAUUGAACAAAUAAAUGCAUCAACAAAGAGAAUGAUAGUGUUAACUGUUAAUUUCCCUAGAUUACUUCAACACUGUAUACUCCAUUGAAAUUAUUCAGAGAAAUGCUUCUGAGAGCCCUGUUUCUGUUUCUUUCACUACAGUUAUGUGCUUCCACUGACACUAUAACUCCUACUAGUCCUCUUAAAGAAGGCGAUGUCUUGACAUCCAAAGCAGGAAAGUUCACUCUAGGAUUCUUCAGUCCUGGAAAUUCCGCUCGAAAAUAUGUUGGAAUUUGGUUCACCAAGGUUUCGGUGCAAACUGUUGUUUGGGUUGCUAACAGAGAUAAACCCAUAAAUGAUCCUCUCGCAAUCCUUUCAAUCAAUGGAGAUGGCCGUCUUACACUAACCUCCCGGAACACUACUACUGUCAUAUGGUUCAGUAAUGUUUCUGUUCCAGUCUCUCCGACUAAUUCGAAUAGCACCUCAUGCCAGCUGCUAGAUUCUGGGAAUUUAGUCUUGACAACUGAUAAUGGCAAAACUUUGCUCUGGCAGAGCUUUGACCAUAUAACAGACACUUUUCUUCCAGGGAUGAAGCUUGGCUUGGAUAGAAGAACUGGGUUGAAUCGUUAUUUGACCUCUUGGAGAUCGAAAGAUGAUCCGAGUUAUGGGAAUUCUCUUUUAGUCGAUCCAACUGGGUCUCCUCAGUUCUUCUUGUAUCAAGGUUCGGACCCUGUAUGGCGAACUGGUCCAUGGGUUGGACAGAAAUGGAGUGGAGUUCCAGACAUGACGCGUGCUUAUAUCUUUAACUACAGUUUUGUCAAUGAUCCGAAUGAGGUUUAUGUCACCUACAACGUUCUUAAUGAUCAAAUCAUCACAAUCUUUUUGGUAGAUGAUAUUUCAGGAAGUGUUCAGAGACGAACAUGGCAUGAGAGUACUAAACGCUGGAUCGAAUUUUGGUCUGCACCAAAGGAGCUUUGUGAUCAGUAUGGGGAGUGCGGUAAUUUUGGUAACUGUAACCCCAAUAACGGCAACCAAUUUCAGUGCACUUGUUUUCCUGGGUUUGAACCAAAAUCACCGCGAGAUUGGUAUCUGAGAGACGGUUCACAAGGGUGUGCGAGAAUUGAAAACAGGUCAACGUGCAAAAACGGAGAAGGGUUUUUGAGGGUAGCAAACGUUAAGUUGCCUGAUACAUCGAAAGCUGUGGUAAACAAGAACUCAACAUUGAAGAAGUGCGAAGAAGAAUGCUUAAACAACUGUUCUUGCAUGGGAUAUACCAGUGCAGAUGACACUGGUGGAGGCAGUGGCUGCAUUUCAUUGUACGGCCAAAUGAUGGAUACCCGGAUAUAUCCCAAUGCAGGCCAAGAUGUUUACUUUCGAGCCGAUGCAGUUGAGUUAGCAAAAUAUCAGAAGUUGAAAGGCCCACUUGCAAAUAAGAAGAUGAAAGCAAUUCUGAUAGUGCUCGUGGGGCUGACAGUCACAUUAAUGAUAAUUUUCGUGGUAUAUUGGGUGCACCAGAAGAAGAGAAGAGAAAGGGAAGAGGAAGCUGAAAGAUCUCUUUGGACAAAAGAUGCCGAAGAAAGUGAUGGAAAUUCAGAUUUACCCUUUUUUACUCGUACUGAAAUAGCUGUAGCAACUGACAAUUUUAGUUUGGCUAACAAGCUUGGAGAAGGUGGCUUUGGAUCAGUGUACAAGGGCCGAAUGGAAAAUGGGCAAGAAAUUGCUGUCAAAAAACUGGCUCCUAAUUCAGGACAAGGUAUACAAGAAUUUAAGAAUGAAGUUAGGCUGAUUGCCAAACUUCAGCACAGGAACCUUGUGAAGAUGUUAGGGUGUUGCAUCCGUGGAGAGGAGAAGAUGUUGAUCUACGAAUUCAUGCCAAACAAAAGCUUGGACACAAUCAUUUUCAAGGAAGAGAAGAAGUCGUUUUUGGAUUGGAGUAAACGUUUUGAUAUCAUAAUGGGGAUUGCUCGAGGGAUGUUAUAUCUUCACCAAGACUCACGAUUAAGGAUCAUCCAUAGGGACUUGAAAGCAGCCAAUAUCCUGCUGGACAAAGACAUGAUUCCAAAAGUUUCAGAUUUUGGCAUGGCUAGAAUAUUUGGAAAUGAGCAAGUGCAAGUUAACACAACCCGUGUGGUCGGAACCUAUGGCUAUAUGGCACCAGAGUAUGCACUUGAGGGGUUAAUGUCAGUAAAGUCGGAUGUCUUCAGUUUUGGAGUCUUAAUAUUGGAGAUUGUUACUGGUAGAAAAAACUCAGGAUUAUACCCUGACAAUCCUUCUAUCAAUUUAAUUGGUCAUGUUUGGGAGCUUUGGAAAGAAGGAAGUUCCGUUGAGAUUGUGGAUCCAUGUCUGAAAGAUAAUGUUGUUGAGGAGGAAGUCUUAAGCUGUAUACAGAUUGGACUACUGUGUGUACAAGAAAGUGCAGAAGAUAGACCAACAAUGUCAGCAGUUGUGUUUAUGUUGAGCAACAAAGUGGAACUUCCUUUUCCUAAUCAACCUGCAUUUAUUCACAAAGGAAGUCGUUACGAUGCAGAUCCAUCAUCAUCAAGUGUUGGAGCCUAUUCUGUAAAUGAACUAUCAAUUACUGGCAUGGUUGAUGGUCGUUGAAGUUAAGGAUGGCUCAAGUUAUAUAUUGGUUUUUACAUAUUUGUACAUGGGUUAAGAUUCAGGUUGCGUUAUCUACACAUUCGGAGACCCACAAACGACGAAAUUCAUACUAGUUUUGCUGUUAUUAUAUGGUUGUACAUGCUAAUUAGAAUACCUUGGGGUUUGUAACUUUUUAUGCUGUCGCUAGAGGUUAGUAGUAUAUAUUUGUACUACAAUUUCUGUUUAACUUGUGCUACGGGAACAGAUUUGAGUUGGUGACACGAGAAUUUCAGUCUUUUGCUCUACCUGCUCAGCUAUCUUGUAAAAAAAAAACAAAAUGUGUCAGGAAUCAUAUUUAAAUUGGUGUGGUGGCACGAGGAUUUUCAAUU